CUUAAAAUAAAAUACAAAAUAAAAAAAAUUAUUGCGAGUAAAUUACUGCGCCUUUAUGAACAAUAUUUUUUAGUAAUAUUUUUAUUAUCCGAGCUAUAGCUGUGAGACUAAUAAAUUCGGAACGUUUUAUUCUCCAGCGCUGUUUUACUACAACCGCCGUCACUGUGACGCCAUUUUUAAAAACAUGUUGUCAAAAUGGCGGCGGCGGUAAUACAAACAUGCCAUGUCGCCUGUUCCGCCAACAGGACUCCACAUGUUGUGUCUUGGAGCCGGGGAGGGACCAUUGCUUUCGGGACGUGCAACUCGGUGGCGUUGUACGACCCCCAGGAAAGAAGAGUAGUUUGCACGCUGAAUGGACACACACUUCGAGUAAAUGCAGUCCGGUGGGUCCAUAGAGAAGAUUGUGCUCCUGAGAGUCACCUGAUCUCAGGAGGCUCAGACUGCCGUCUCCUCGUCUGGGCCGCUCAAAAUGGGAAGUUUGUGCAGUGGAUGGAGUGUAAAGGUCACACGGGUCCAGUUUGUGCCGUGGACGCACGCUACACGCACACGGACGCACACAUCCUGGUGGCGUCGGCGGCAUCGGAUUCCACUGUGAGACUGUGGCUCUGUGACGCCAAACAGGCUGAGUGCCUCCACACGCUGUCAUUUGGCAGUGGCUUCAUGAUGGAUGUCUCCCUGGCCCUGCUGCCAGGCACUAAAGUUCCUGUAUUGGCCUGUGGGGGCGACGACUCUCGGGUACACCUGUACGUGCAGUCAUGCGAGCAGAAGCUGCAGAGAGUCAUGACGCUGCAGGGACACGAGGACUGGGUUCGAGGCGUCGCAUGGGCAUCUGUAGGUGGCGAUCUGCUGUUGGCCAGCUGCUCGCAGGACUGUCUCAUCCGAGUGUGGCGGCUGUGCGCCAAGUCCGGGAAGGGUGCCCGCAACGCCGCCGAGGAGGACGACGACGGCGUCAUCAAAAUGAAAGAGGACAUUUUUCAAGUGCAGGAGGAGGAGAGAGAUGUGUCCUCGGUCUUCGCCGUGUCUCUGGAGACAAUCCUGGCAGGACACGAGAACCGGGUGUACGGCGUCCACUGGCAGCCUCCUUCCUACACGGGCGGCCAGCUGCAACAACCGCUCCGGCUGCUCUCCGCCUCCAUGGACAAAACCAUGAUCCUGUGGGCCCCUGAGGAGGGGUCCGGAGUGUGGGUGGAGCAGGUGCGUGUGGGCGAGGUUGGCGGCAACACGCUGGGCUUCUACGGCUGCCAGAUGAGUCCAGACGGGGCGCAGAUCCUCGCUCACGCCUUCCACGGAGCGCUCCACCUGUGGUGCAAGGACCAGAAGGAAGACGGAGAGUGGAGGCCUGGCGUGGUCAUAUCGGGUCACUUUAAUGCGGUCCAGGACCUGAGCUGGGACCCUGAGGGGGAAUUCAUCCUCAGCGUGGGCUCGGACCAGACCACCAGACUCUUCACGCCGUGGAGGAGGAGGGACAGCAAGCAGGCCACCUGGCACGAGAUCUCGCGUCCGCAGAUCCACGGCUACGACAUGCAGUGCCUGGCUAUGGUCGGGAGGUUCCGCUUUGUGUCCGGUGCCGACGAAAAGGUGCUGCGGGUCUUCCAGGCGCCGCGUAAUUUCGUGGAGAACUUUGCCAACAUCUCUGGGAGGUCCAAGGAGGAGCUGCUGGCAUCGAGCGACUGCGUGGGCCUGCCUGAAGGAGCCAGCACACCUGCUCUGGGGUUGUCCAACAAGGCCGUCUUUCAAGGGGACUUGUCGUCCGGAGCCAGAGGAGACCAGCAGCAGUUGAACAGCGUCUCCGAGCAGUACCAGGAGUCCUACUUCCAACCCAUCAACAUGAACGAACCUCCACCAGAAGAUCACCUGCUCCAGAACACGCUUUGGCCCGAGGUCCAGAAACUGUACGGCCACGGCUUCGAGAUGUACUGCCUGGCGUCCGACAGCGCCAGGACGGCGGUGGCGUCGGCGUGCAAGGCGUCCAAGGCGGAGCAUGCCUCCGUGCUGCUGUGGAGCGCCACCACCUGGCGCCAGCUGCAGGCGCUGGCGUGCCACGCCCUCACCGUCACCCAGAUGGCCUUCUCCCCGGACUCCCUGCUCCUGCUGGCCGUCUCCAGAGACCGCACCUGGUCGUUGUGGCGCCGCCGCGACCUCGCCUCAGACUUCCUGCUGCAGGCGCACACCCACACCCACACCGCCGUGCACACACGCAUCAUCUGGUCAUGUGACUGGACCCACGACAGUCGCUACUUUGCCACCUCCAGUCGGGACAAGAAGGUGAUAGUAUGGGGACCGUGUACCUUGGACCACAUCAAGCCCUGUUCCUCCAUCUUGGAUGUGGGCGACUCUGCCACCGCUGUAGCUUUCUGCCCUCAACCCUGCUCUGACAACAUGUACGUGGCAGCGGUGGGUUUGGACUGUGGCAAGAUCGUGUUGUACGGCUGGUCACAUGACCUACCACAGGACUGGAUCACGCUGGGACAAACUGACGCCUCACAAAGUCACAGUCUGGCGGUGAAGAGGUUAAGAUGGCGGCCUGCAGCGCUAAAACACCAAAAAGAAGAAGAGGAGGAGGCGGAGUCACGUGUCCAACUGGCGAGUGGCGGCAUGGACCACGCAGUCAAGGUCUUCCACAUCCACCUCAAGUCUCUCUAGCACCACCUUUGACUUGUGGGACAAUAACUAGUCUCUCUAGCACCACCUUUGACUUGUGGGACAAUAACUAGUCUCUCUAGCACCACCUUUGACUUGUGGGACAAUAACUAGUCUCUCUAGCACCACCUUUGACUUGUGGGACAAUAACUAGUCUCUCUAGCACCACCUUUGACUUGUGGGACAAUAACUAGUCUCUCUAGCACCACCUUUGACUUGUGGGACAAUAACUAGUCUCUCUAGCACCACCUUUGACUUGUGGGACAAUAACUAGUCUCUCUAGCACCACCUUUGACUUGUGGGACAAUAACUAGUCUCUCUAGCGCCACCUUUGACUUGUGGGACAAUAACUAGUCUCUCUAGCACCACCUUUGACUUGUGGGACAAUAACUAGUCUCUCUAGCGCCACCUUUGACUUGUGGGACAAUGACUAGUCUCUCUAGCACCACCUUUGACUUGUGGGACAAUAAAAACGUUUUCUUCUCACUUAAAGUUCGCCUCUUAAAUCUUCAAAGGGUGAACAAAUGUGCAGGAGGGCGAUUUCGUCGCUAAAAGUGCGGAAACACAAACGUCUGAGGGGAAUUGAACGCACCAUUUUAAUCUGCUAAUAUCAAAUGUGAUGACAUGUGCUCCUGCCGCGACUCUUCAUUAGGGACACUUGCCAAUCACAAUACAGUCAAUAAAAUAUAAAUACAAUUAAAAAAUAUGUAUUAUUAGAAUAAUUAUAUGUAAGUUAUCACACAACUCUUAUGCUUAAAGGCCGUUGCUAUAGUUAUUAUCUAUUGUGCUCUUUUCUGCUUCGUGCAAGGGCACACAACUUAUCUUCCACGGCAUAUGAGGGGUGGCCUCGCCGCAGAUGUUUUCUUUGUUUUAGCCCGCUAACAGCCAAGGACUUCAAGGACCUCAACGAAGAUAAGACGAAGCAGAGACAAGGCAGGCCCACCAGCACAUUCCGUCACGUAUUGUGCGUACUGGAAGCUGCUUUGCAUGAUAUGUGUGACCACUCCCUUUAGAGGCGGCCUCAGUGAUGUUAACUAGGGAGCUCCCGAAUAAAUAGAGGAGCGCGUGGGGCUGUACCUUAGAGCGUGAUGGGAGACUGUAACUGACUGAGUGUGCAGCCCCAAACGUUUCUCCUC